AUGCCGGCCGAGCGAUUGGCCUUUUUGCGUCGCUCCCUUGCCCGGGCCCGCGCCCAGAGCCAAGAGCAUGAAGCUCAGCGGGCUCAGCGUGAAAAGGCCUUGGCAGAGGCUUACGCGCAGAGACGCGAACAACAGAUCGCCCAGCGGCGGGAAGAGCGUCAAGCAAGGCUUCAUGAGCUGCAGCAGAAGGCUCGUCCACCACCGCGCAGUCCGGAGCUGGAAGCCGAGAAGGAUCCAGAGGUUUCGGCCCUUCUGGCACAGCGGCCCUCUCUCAAAAGGCGGUUGAGGCCGGCUUUGCAAGGGGUCCUCUCCCCUCGCUCAGCGGAAGCCAGCUCGCCACCAUCAUCUCCAAGGAAGCCAGCAGUGCCUAAGCCUCCACCUCAACGGGCAGCUGCCCGACCACCCGAGGAGGCUCCAUCGGCCCAGCAGCCGCAAAUGCCGAGGAAGGAGCAUCUGCGCGCGACGCAGCACCAGCUGCUGAACUCGUGUGGCGUGGUGCUCUACAAGCAGCAGAUGAAGGCGCACUUUCGGCGAAUAUUGGAGGCUGUAGAGGUUGGCUACGGUGCCAGCGCCGGCCACCAGAAGAUGCUCGCCAGCAAGCUAUCAAUACAGGUUCUUGGAGUAUCCAGCAUUCACAGUCGACGCCAGUCUCGACAGACACACAUCAACACCGCCGCGCGUGAAGACGCGAACUCAGAAAGUGUGCGCGAUUCUUUCUGUCCAGAAGGAGGCAUUUGCGUGUUGCUGCCACAGCUUCCAGGACGUGCUCCCCUGUUAAUCGGCCUUCGUUGGCUAGAGUGGAACACCUUUUGUGAGAUUCAAGACGUGACGAAGGAAUUGCGCACACUUUCGCUGUGGACCUCCUUGGUUGAGCCAAAUGUGUCCACCCACCAGGUGAUGGCAGUGCCCAACCAGGGCACCUGUGAGUUGCUGAGGGCCUUUAUUAACCCUGAUGCUGCAACCCGAACUGCCGCUGAAGAGCGGCUGAAGGAAGCCAUCAAAGGUGCUCCCAAUGAGCUUGUCAAGGAGCUCUUAGCGGUUCUCCUCGCCUUCGGUGAGAACGGUGCCCCUCCAGAGCUUCGGUCAGAGGCAGUUGUGCUUCUCAGGCAGUGUGCCACAGAGAGUAGCUCUCGUGCCUGUUGGGAGCAGCUGGAGCCAAACACAAAGCAGGCAGUUCAGGAGCAGAUCCUCGUGUCUAUGACGAAGGAUCCUUCCAACCCAGUGAGGCGACAGGCUGGCCACGUUGUCAGCACCAUUGCGAAUUCUGUCGCUGAAAACUGUGAAGAGCUGAUGAAGGCAUGGCCGCAGCUCCUGCCCUUUCUGUCCAGCACGAUCAGCGCUGGAUCAGAUGCCAGUCAGGUAACCGCCUGCUUACAGGUGCUGCAAGACAUGGUGGAGCUAGUAGGCGAAGAGCUUUUGACACAGGGGCCGCAGGCAGUAGCAAUGCUGCAGACCUGUCUCAACUCCUCGCGCGCAGAGGUUCAGGCAGCGGCUGCGCAACUAGCUUUGGAGAUGGUAGCGGAUUUGGAGAAGGACGUCAUCAAACCUUUAGGUGCCCUUAUGCCCAGCCUGUUGUCGGUGAUGAAAAGCUUCGCAGUAGCCUCCGAUCACGAAGAGCUUCUGAAGGAAACUCUGGAGUCAUUGAUCUCAGCCGCUGAUGAGGAGCCAGAGUUCUUCAAGGAGAAUGGCCUACAACAGGUGUGGCCGCUGCUGCUAGAGAUGUGCCGUGCUGAUCAUUGGGGUGAUGCCCAAGUCCGGCACAGUGCCAUGGAAGCAGCGAUGUCCUUCUUCGAGGGUCUCUGCGAGGAUUUCUGCAAAGCUGAGGGGCAACCCUUCCUGGAGCAGCUCAUCUUGCUCAACCUGGAGUGGAUGUUGGAGGUCGAGGAGAACGUGGAUACCUGGAUUGCCGGCGCAGACCAGGAAGAGGAGGACAUUGAUGAAGACCUUGUCGACAUCGGUGAAGAAAACAUGGAUCGACUGGCCCAGCAGUGUGCUGAAAAAGAUGCCCUGGAGGAGGCCUUCAUGCCCACUCUCUUCAAGGUUCUUAGAGCAGUACAAGCUGCACCCACCAGCUCCUGGAAGCACACAAGAUCCUGCGUCAUGGCGGUUUCGCAGGUUGUGGAGUACAUUCAGGAGGAAGCCUGGGUGGACCAGUGUAUAGAGUUCUUGGUCCCCCACACAUCACACGCGCAUCCUCGUGUCCGAUAUUCUGCCUUCCAAGCUGUCGGGCAAACAGCUUAUGAUCAUGAUCCCUAUGUUGCAGAGAAUCAUGCCGAGACCUUGCUACCAUUGAUACUGGGGGGAUUAGAUGACCAGAACAUCCGGGUGGCAACCAGUGCGGCCAGUGCGCUGUCCAGCAUGGAGGACAUGGAUGAGGAAGAUCUGGAGCCUCACAUGGAAGCUUUGAUGACGAAGCUUUUCACUCGUCUGGAGCAGGGCCAAUCCCAGGCAAUGCAGGAGACUUGCCUCUCAGCCAUUGCAGUCGUUGGUGAAGCCGCGUCUGAGCUUUUCCUGCCCUACUAUGGGCAUGUCAUGCCUGCUUUGAAGCAGCUCAUUGCUAACUCCUCCAAAGCCGAGCAGAAGAGCCUCCGUGGCAAAGCCUUUGAAUGUGCCAGCCUUCUUGGAGAAGGAGUUGGCAAGGAGGUGUUUGCGGCGGAUGGGCAUGAGAUCAUGCAGAUCAUGGUCCGGUAUAUCCAAGCUGGCUUUGAUGCUGAUGAUCAGACUCGCGAAUAUGUCCACGAGGCAGCUGGGCGAGUGGCCGGUGUGUUGGCGAAGGACUUCAAGCCGUAUGUGCCAGUGUUGCUGCCGAGCCUCCUGAAGGUCCUGCAGCAGCAGCCAAAAGAGGUCGCCUUGGAGGAAGACGAGGAAGAGUUCACUCAAGUGCUGGCAGAUGGCAAGUUGAUAGGCUUGAAAACAGCAGUGCUAGACGAGAUGGCGGAGACAUUGACGCUAAUAGCUUCGCUGAUGGGGGCCUUAGAGGAGGAGUUUGUAGAGUUCCUCCCGGACACCUGCCGGCAACUGAUGCCGCUUCUGGAUUUCCCAGUCUCAGAAGACGUGCAGGACAAAGCAAACGCGACUUGGGAACACGUGGUUCACUGCGCGAGGACCGCUGCUGAAAACGGCAAGUGCGAGCCAAUGGUUGUUGGUCAGCUUGUGGGCGAGUUCCUCAAAAAUACAGUUGCCAUGAUGACAAAGUUUCCAGGUGACAAAAAGGAUCAGGGUCCAGCAGCACUGUCUCAGCUGCAGGGCCAGGCCUCUGCUAUGGCUGGGGUCAUCAAGAAGGCGGGCCGGAAGGUCCUUGCAAAGCAGGAUGUCAUCGACCUGGUGAAGGUUCUGGCCAUGCUGCUUACGCAAGUGAAGAUCGAGGAUGAGCCUGCUGAAGCGGCUCCUAAGAAAAAGAGCGAGGGAAAGGCUCAUGACAGCGACGAAGAGGAGAGCGACUCUGAAGAAGGCUCUGUGAGCCGCCAGUCCGUCCGCUUUAGCUUGGUGGAUGUCGCUGGCGCACUGAUGCGUGCUAGCCGGGAGGAAUUUGCGGAGGUGGGCUUGACAGUCUUCAUGGAGCUUGUGCGGCGUCUGCUGCAGAAUGGCAGUGACAGUGAAAGAAGUCUGGCCCUUUACAUCGCAAAUGAGGUUGUUGCGUGUUUGGGAGAGUUGAGUGUGCCUCAUUGGAACACCUUCAUGGAGCACGCAUGCAACAGCAUCACCGACAAGACAGCCGUCAUCAGACAGCACUCAGCCAGCGUGAUUGGACACGGGUCCCAGCAAGCAAUCUUUGCACAGAUCGCUCCGUUGGCCGCCUCACAACUGGCGCGCGUCUUGGCGAAGCAUGGUGAAAGGCAUCGAAGACGUCGAGCAGUCAACAGUGAGGCCAAGCAGGUGGCAGCCGCUGUCGACGCGUCCAUUUGGGCACUUGGGAUGAUCUGCGAGCACCAGGAGAAGAACGUCGGAGGCGAUUCCACAGGUGCUUGGCAGAUGUGGCUGUCCCACAUGCCGCCGCGCUAUGACAAGGAGAUUGGCCAAAAGGCGAGCGCUCAGCUCUUGGAGCUCGUGGUCAAGAACCAUCCUGUGGUCACUGCGCCGAAGCAGCUGCCAAGAGUCUUGGCCGUCUUUGCAGACGUCUACAAGUCAAAAAACUCAAACUCUGUCCUGGACAAGGAUGCAACUCUUCUAUCCCAAGCCUUCUGGGCAGCAGUCACUCACUAA